UCCAGACGAAAAUGCCCAUGAAUACGGCGCGGCUGUCCUUCCGGUACUCGAGUGCCGACACCGUGGCUUCCCUCGUCUUGCUUGGCAUGACCGACGACUGCCAUCGCUGUAUCCUGCGUCCACAGCGUCCCUUGUCGUGCCCACAACACAACGACUCGUGUUUGGUCCUGCGCCCCAACACGACGUACGAUUUUGGCGUUGAUGGUGUAUUUCCCAUGAGGUUGGCGCUACAUCCGCGCGAGACCUUGCCUCCCGUGUGGGAGGGGAGGUAUGCGUUUGAGGAGCAGUCAGAGUACACGAUGCAGGCCCAGCAACUCGACACUGGCGAAAUCCAUGCGUCCAUCGUGCUGGACCACAAAGGAUCGCCAUUGUGGGUUCUCACGGCCAUGCUAGCGUUUGUCGUCGUGUGGUUGGGAUGGUGUGUCGGACAAUUCUUGUGGAAGCGACACUUGGCUUCGUUGCGCGAUGAAGACGAAGACGACACGAACCACCUCCCUCUACUUCCUGCACAAGGGCCAUCCAUUGCUGCGGGCACGGCAUCAACCGCAAGCGAUCGUGCUAGGCUCAGUACACAGCACAUCCAGCGCAUCAAGUCGUUGGAUGCUUUCCGCGGGAUCACAGUAUUUUGCAUGAUCUUUGUAAACUACGGUGGCGGUGGGUACUGGCAGUUCAAGCAUAGCACAUGGAAUGGUCUAACUUUGGCGGAUUUGGUCUUUCCAUGGUUUGCAUGGAUAAUGGGAAUGUCCAUGUCGCUCGUCCCGCCUGCAAAACGAUCGCUUCGACGAUGUGCCGUCCGCAGCAUCAAGCUGUUUGCGCUUGGCCUCUUUAUCAACAAUGGGGUCGACUUCAACACGUGGCGCAUUCCUGGGGUGCUCCAAUCCUUUGGCGUGAGCUACGCGAUUGUGUCGGCGAUUCUCGUGCGCACGCAGGCGGCAUCCGUCGUCCUACCAGCCGUCAUCAUGGCCGUGCUGACGUUGCUGCAGCUUCUUGUCGUGUACUUCUUGCCCGUAGCGGGGUGCCCCACAGGGUAUGUAGGGCCGGGUGGAAACGGAGACUUUGGGCAAUAUGUCCAGUGCACAGGUGGCGCCCACCGCGCCGUCGACUUGGCGUUGUUUGGCGAUGCUCACAUCUUCCAGAACCCCACGAUCAAGUUUGUAUACGACACACCGUCGUACGACCCUGAAGGAGUCCUCAAUUGGAUUAUGGUUGCCCUCACAACGUUUUUCGGGUAUGCGGUUGGCUCGAUCGUGUGGCAUCGCUGUUCAUGUUGGGUUGCUGUCGUCAAGUAGACCGAGAAGGGAUGGGUGUUGGGGUUGUCUGGUCUGGUCUUGGUCGUCGUGGGGGCUGUGUUGUGCCAAGGCCGCGUGAACGACGGCUGGAUCCCUGUCAACAAGAACCUGUGGAGUAUCACGUUUGUGUUGGUGGCCGCAGGACUCGGCAGUGUUGUGUUUGGUGGCGUGUACUUGGCUGUCGAUGUGUUCCAUAUGUGGUCAGGGGCGCCAUUUUUAUACGCAGGCAUGAAUCCCAUUCUGCUCUAUUGCGGGGUACGUUGGCCCAACCAGCCUGACUUGUUCGACCAUGCCUUCGGGUUUUAGCUCGUUUGUGUGCCUUGAAUUCGUUGGAGCACGCGUUGCUGUGCCUCGGUGUGUGAGUGUUUUUCUUACGUGCAUGUGUACGCAUCCGACAGUCUACCAUGACAGCAUAUCGGUCACGAGGUUGCUCGUGUAUGUAGCAUGAAGUAUUGCAGGGGUACUUUCCGUUUGACAUUGCGCACGACAGCACGUCCCACGCGGCGACGACGCUGGCAAAUCUGUUGGGGGCAAUUAGUUGGUUGUGCAUUGCCCGUAUCCUGUACGCCAAGAACGUGUUCGUGACCGUCUAGAUGCCGAGGCACCGCGCAAAUCCACGAUUUGAUGUUGUUCUCGAAUAAACAGCGACCAGUGGGUUCCAUCUCGCGUUGGGAAAACUGCUCAAGACAAUCCAUGUCAUCCGAAUCUAUUGUCCCACGG